UGGGCUUCAAUCAUGGUGGCUGCUGUGGCGUCCGGGUUCUGGCUCUGGGUUAUGCUGCUUGUCCCUGCGGCCGCGGUCUACGAAGACCAAGUGGGCAAGUUUGACUGGAGACAGCAGUAUGUUGGGAAGCUCAAGUUUGCCUCCUUGGAAUUUUCCCCUGGAUCCAAGAAGUUGGUUGUGGCCACAGAGAAGAAUGUGAUUGCAGCCUUAAAUUCUCGGACGGGAGAGAUCUUGUGGCGCCAUGUCGACAAGGGCACAGCAGAAGGGGCAGUGGAUGCCAUGUUGGUCCAUGGGCAAGAUGCAAUCACUGUAUCCAAUGGAGGGCGCAUCAUGCGUUCUUGGGAGACUAACAUCGGGGGCCUGAACUGGGAGAUAAGUCUGGACAGUGGCAGUUUCCAGGCACUCGGGCUCGUGGGCCUACAGGAGUCAGUGAGGUACAUUGCAGUUCUGAAGAAGACAACUCUCACCCUGUAUCACCUCUCCAGUGGGCACCUGAAGUGGGUGGAACAUCUUCCAGAAAGUGACAGCAUCCACUACCAGAUGGUGUAUUCCUACGGCUCCGGGGUGGUGUGGGCCCUUGGCAUCGUUGCCUUCAGCCAUGUGAACAUCGUCAAGUUUAACGUGGAGGAUGGAGAGAUUGUUCAGCAGGUCAGGGUUUGGACUCCAUGGCUGCAGCAUCUCACUGGAGCCUGUGGUGUGGUAGAUGAGGCUGUCCUGGUGUGCCCUGAUCCCAGCUCACAUUCCCUCCACACUUUGGCCCUGGAGACGGAGUGGGAGCUGCGACAGAUCCCUCUGCAGUCUCCUGACUUAGAAUUUGGAAGUGGAUUCCAGCCCCGAGUGCUGCCCACACAGCCCAGCCCAGUGGCUCCUUCUCGGGCCCAAUUCUUCCUGCAGUUGUCCCCGGGACACUAUGCCCUGCUGCACUACCACCACGGGGCUGUGACUCUGCUCAAAAACUUUCCCCAGGUAACUGUAGGCAGGACGGUUGCUGGGACCAGAAAGGUCUUCCAGGACAAAGUGGUAGGGGGCAGAGGUUUUGAGCCUGGACACAUUUGCCUUAAAUCUCACUGUCUGGGCGCUGAUGUCUCACUUUCCUUACAGGCCACGCUUGUCAGCUUCGCCACCACUGGGGAGAAGACAGUGGCUGCAGUUAUGACCUGUCGCACUGAAGUGCAAAAGCCUGGCAGUGCUGGGGAUGGGUCUGUGGCGAGCCUUCCUGAGACAUCCAGUACACAGGACCCUCUGGCUUGCUUCAACCAGACCUACACCAUUAACCUCUACUUAGUGGAAACAGGUCGGCGGCUCCUAGACACUAUGAUUUCCUUUAGCCUGGAGCAGAAGGGCACUCGACCUGAGCGGAUGUACAUCCAGGUGUUCUUGAAGAAGGACGACUCGGUGGGCUACCGGGCCUUGGUGCAGACACAGGACCAUCUGCAGCUGUUCCUGCAGCAGCUAGCUGGGAAGGUGGUGUUAUGGAGCCGAGAGGAGUCCCUGGCAGAAGUUGUGUGCCUGGAGAUGGUGGACCUCCCCCUGACUGGGGCACAGGCUGAGCUGGAAGGAGAAUUCGGCAAGAAGGCAGAUGGCUUGCUGGGGAUGUUUCUGAAACGCCUGUCGUCUCAGUUCAUCCUGCUCCAGGCCUGGACUUCCCACCUCUGGAAAAUGUUCUACGAUGCUCGGAAGCCCCGAAGCCAGAUUAAGAAUGAGAUUAACAUCGACACGUUGGCCAGAGACGAAUUCAACCUGCAGAAGAUGAUGGUGAUGGUGACAGCCUCAGGCAAGCUCUUUGGCAUCGAGAGCAGCUCUGGCACCAUCCUGUGGAAACAGUAUCUGCCCAAUGUUAAGCCAGAAUCCUCCUUUAAGCUGAUGGUCCAGAGGACUACGGCUCAUUUCCCCCACCCCCCUCAGUGCACGCUGCUGGUGAAGGACAAGGAAACAGGAAUGAGCUCUCUGUUCGUCUUCAACCCCAUUUUUGGCAAGUGGAGCCAGGUGGCCCCCCCAGUGCUGAAGCGCCCCAUCUUGCAGUCCUUGCUUCUCCCAGUCAUGGAUCAAGACUAUGCCAAAGUGUUGCUGCUGGUGGAUGAUGAGUACAAGGUCACAGCUUUCCCAGCUACCCGGAAUGUCUUGCGACAGCUGCAUGAACUUGCCCCCUCCAUCUUCUUCUACUUGGUGGAUGCAGAGCAGGGGAGGCUCAGUGGAUAUCGGCUUCGGAAGGAUCUCACUACAGAACUGAGCUGGGAGCUGACCAUUCCCCCAGAAGUGCAGCGGGUCGUCAAGGUGAAGGGGAAGCGCAGCAGCGAGCACGUGCACUCCCAGGGCCGGGUGAUGGGGGAUCGGAGUGUUCUCUACAAGAGUCUGAACCCCAACCUGCUGGCUGUGGUGACAGAGAGCACUGAUGUCCACCAUGAGCGCACCUUUAUUGGCAUCUUCCUCAUUGAUGGUGUCACUGGCCGCAUCAUCCACUCCUCUGUGCAGAAGAAGGCCAGGGGUCCCGUCCACCUUGUCCAUUCAGAGAACUGGGUGGUGUACCAGUACUGGAACUCUAAGGCUCGACGCAACGAGCUGACGGCCCUGGAGCUCUACGAGGGCACUGAGCAGUACAAUGCCACCGCCUUCAGCUCCCUAGACCGUCCCCAGCUGCCCCAGGUCCUCCAGCAGUCCUACAUCUUCCCUUCCUCCAUCAGUGCCAUGGAAGCCACCAUCACCGAGCGGGGCAUCACCAGCCGGCACUUGCUCAUUGGGCUGCCUUCUGGAGCAAUCCUUUCCCUCCCCAAGGCCUUGCUGGAUCCCCGGCGCCCUGAGAUCCCAACAGAACAAAGCAGAGAGGAGAACCUGAUCCCGUACUCUCCAGAUGUCCAGGUCCAUGCAGAGCGGUUCAUCAACUAUAACCAGACGGUCUCUCGGAUGCGAGGCAUCUACACAGCGCCCUCAGGCCUGGAGUCCACUUGUUUGGUCGUGGCCUACGGUUUGGACAUUUACCAAACUCGGGUUUACCCAUCCAAGCAGUUUGAUGUCCUGAAGGAUGACUAUGACUAUGUGCUAAUCAGCAGUGUCCUUUUUGGCCUGGUUUUUGCCACCAUGAUCACAAAGAGGUUGGCACAGGUGAAACUCCUCAAUCGAGCCUGGCGGUAAAAUGGAAGUGUCCUGCCAGAGUGGAGCCUCGGAGAAGAGGGUCCGCUAAGGGGAUAUGGCCGUGGA